AUGGUCUUGCGGGCUCGAACAGAUUUCUUGGAGGCAGAGGAGCGACAGAGGCUAGCUGAAGAGGCUGAACGGAACGUGAAGCCCAACUUGCCGCUGAGCGAGCUGCCCAGGCUGCCCGUGAGGAAGCGGAACGGAUGCGUCGGAUGGAGAGAAGAAGCCGAGCGGGCCGGGCGCAAAGCUCGCGAGGAGGCGGAGGCUCGUGCUCGCGAAGAGCGAGAGCGUGCUGAGAGGAUUGCGCGAGAAAUGGAGGAAGAACGUCAAAGGUUUCAGGCUGCUGCGGUGGCUGAGAGGCUUGCUGCCAUCGCAGCUCGGGAGGAAAAGGCUAGGUGUCAGAGGGCCAUAGAGGAAGAAGCUAAGCUGGCCAGGCUAGCCCAAGAAGAGGCUGAAUGGCAAGCUCGGGAGGCUUCUGAGGCCGCAAGAAAGGCUCAGGUUGAGAAAGAGGAAAUGGAAAGACGGAUGGAAAAAGGUAUUCAGCCUGUGGUGAUACCUACCGUUGAGGAGGUGCAGCUUGCCAAGGCGAAAGUGCAGUACAAGGAUGACGUUUUUCACUUCGCCGUUGCUGGCAUCGCAGGUAGCGGGAAGUCCUCUCUUAUCAACGCCUUCUGCGGCAUGAAUAACAGGGAUCCUGGUGCAGCCCCCACUGGCGUCAGUGAGACCACCUUGGAAAUUUCAAGAUACAUUAAUUUAGCACACAGCGAGCAAUUCGCUUGGUACGACGUCCCCGGCUCUGGCACGCUGACGAUCCCCGAUUGGCAGUAUUUCAACUCUCAAGGUCUCUACGUCUUCGAUUGCAUCCUUGUGCUCUUUGACAACCGCUUUACGAUGACCGAUCAGGCCAUACUCGCAAACUGCGACCGCUUCAAGAUCCCCACCUUCAUCGUCCGCUCCAAAUCCGAUCAACAUAUCCUUAACGUCAUGAAGGACAUGGGUUACGAUGCUGAUGAGGACACAGAUUGUCGAGAGCAGUUCUAUCAUAUUGCUCGUGAACAUUAUAUAUCGGAGACACGUCAGAGCGUCAAGAACAACUUAGCUGAGGCGAACCUCCGUGACCAGCGAGUAUAUAUCAUCUCCAACAAGACCCUUGCUGGGGUGGCCAAGGAUAAUUGGCCGAAAAAGAUCAUUGACGAAGUUGAGUUGCUCACAGACUUGUACAGUACGGCUUACCUGAGUAGUAAGUUCGCCUGA